CUCCCUUCCCAUUGACUUAGCAUUCUUGAGCAGCAUUUUCACCAUCCACUGUCCUCAACCCAUUUAUAACUGCAAAAUUAAAGGCUCAGGCAUAGACAUAGAAACAAAAAUUAUGCCUACUUUCAUAUUAAUAUUGCUCUUUAUCCUUACCGUCCUCUCUUUUUUUUCAUCAAAGAAGCAAAAGAGGAAACCAAAACAAAAGGCUAAGCUUCCCCCAGGAUCAAUGGGGUGGCCUUACAUAGGAGAGACUCUCCAACUCUACUCUCAAGACCCAAAUGACUUCUUUGCUAAAAAGCAAAAAAGAUACGGUGAGAUAUUCAAAACCCACGUACUUGGGUGCCCUUGUGUCAUGCUGGCUAGCCCUGAGGCCGCACGGUUUGUGCUGGCGAGUCAUGCUCACUUGUUUAAGCCCACAUACCCCAAAAGUAAAGAGAAGAUGAUUGGCCCUUCGGCGCUGUUUUUCCACCAAGGAGACUACCAUACUGACCUGAGGAAGCUGGUUCAGAGCUCUUUAUCACCUGAAGCGAUUAGGAAAUUGAUUCCUGAUAUCGAAGCCGUAGCCAUUUCUGCCUUAGAGUCAUGGGCCAGUGACCAGGUCAUUAACACCUUCCAUGAGAUGAAAAGGUUCGCUUUCGAAGUUGGAAUCCUCUUCGUGUUUGGCCAUUUGGACGGAAAAUAUAGAGAAAAGCUGAAGGAGAACUACUGCAUAGUGGACAAAGGGUACAAUUCUUUCCCAAGCAAUCUUCCGGGAACUGCAUAUAACAAAGCAAUCAUGGCAAGGAAAAGGCUUGCUCACGUAAUAAGUGAGAUAAUAUGUGACAGGAAGGAGAAAAGACUACUGGACAAGGAUUUGUUGGGUCAUUUGCUGAACUUCAAAGAUAAAAGAGGGCAUGCAUUGGCUGAAGAUCAAAUUGCCGAUAACAUCAUAGGGGUUCUAUUUGCUGCCCAAGAUACAACAGCCAGUGUCCUAACAUGGAUUGUUAAAUACCUCCAUGAUGACCAUAACCUUCUGGAAGCUGUCAAGGCAGAGCAAAACGUGAUAUAUGAGUCAAAUGAAGGAGAAAACAGGCCCUUGACAUGGGCUCAGACUAGAAAUAUGCCACUAACGCACAGGGUUAUAUUGGAGAGCUUGAGGAUGGCAAGCGUCAUAUCAUUCACCUUCCGAGAAGCAGUGGUUGAUGUAGAAUACGGAGGAUACCUUAUUCCAAAAGGUUGGAAGGUGAUGCCGUUGUUCAGGAACAUUCACCACAACCCUGAAUUCUUCCCUGAUCCUAAACAUUUUGAUCCAUCAAGGUUUGAGGUUGCUCCAAAACCGAACACAUUUGUGCCAUUUGGCAAUGGAGUGCACGCUUGUCCAGGGAAUGAACUUGUGAACUUGGAGAUGCUUAUUUUAGUCCACCAUCUGGUAACCAAGUUCAGGUGGGACGUGGUGGGUUCCCAAAGUGGGAUUGAGUAUAGUCCAUUCCCAGUCCCUCAGCAAGGACUACCAGCCAAGUUUUGGAAACUUCCAGCACCCAAGAAUUGUGCAUCAAACGGAAGUUGACUCCCGAAAGAGAAAUCUGAUUCUCGACGUCAUCUUAUGAACUAAUCUUGUUUACGAGGCAUCAUAGCAGAACAUUCUUAUUUAUUAAUGAAUUGCAUUUCAUGUCUUCUAAGAAGAAAUUUGCAUGCAAGAUUUUGUAAGUGAGAUUAGGAGUACUCAGUUGUGCUAAUAAUUUUUCCAUUACUAAUCAAACCAUGUUAUUCA